AUGUCGUCCCCCGCAGCCGCCCCCGACAAGGAGACGUUAAAGCUCCUCCUCCCACUCCGAUAUGAUGGCAAAACUGUCAUCGAGUGCGACAGGUUCUUGUUGCAGCUGCGCAUCUACUGGAUGGUCAACAUGUCGUUGACCACCAUCGAGCUCAAAGUACAGGUUGCGCUCAGCCUACUCGACGGUGAUGCGCGCGCCUGGGCCACUGUCACAGGUUCGAGCCCGCAAAAAGGAAAAAUUAAAAAACGGCUAGACGCCGUACCAACUCAUGACAUUACCCCCCCCUCAACAGCGCAUGACCUCAUGCGAGGCGCCCUUGCCCAUCUCCCACCCAGAGCGGCAGCGUGCUUCAAACUACCUGAUCGGUGUUAUCGUCCUCAUUGCCGAUCUUGUCGCGACUUGAGGUCAAGCGACUGGGGAAAACCUAAUAGCUGGGGGCGUCCGACUGAUUCUUACCGAAGCGAUGGCGAGCUGUGCUCAAACCUAAGGCUAGGGACAAGAAAUGUAUUAGUUAGUAAAGGUAAUACAGAGGUCGCGGGUUCGAGCCCGCGAAAAGGAAAAAAUUGA